UUAAUUUCUUGACUUAUUCCAGCUUCCUUUUGCAGCAUAUCAUGGAAGCUGAUUCAUGGCUCACUUCUUUUGAUUGUUCAGUUUCUUGCUUCCAAUCUUCAGAAAAGACUUCUUUUGUCUUAAUUGUUAUAGGAUGGCUUAAGUUCAUUUUUCUUUCACCAUGUCCUCAGAGGAUUCUGUUAUCAUCUGUUGACCUGCUUUUCUUGUUGGUCUUACUUACACUAGCAGUUAAAAAGAUAAGUUCAAGAUUUAUCAAGGAUGAAAAUUCCACAUCUUCCCUUGAUAAACCUCUUCUAGGGGAUGAAAGGGCUCACUUUAGGGUCACUUUUUGGUACCAUGUAUCUUUAGUUGUGACAGCUCUUUUAGCCAUAACUUAUUGUGUUCUUUGCAUACUAGCCUUUAGUCAGGGUGUUCAAUCAACGUGGGAAAUGGCCGAGGCUUUUUUCAGACUAAUUCAUGCAGUAACGUAUCUUGCCAUUUUUGUUUUAAUUGUACACGAGAAGAGAUUUGCUUCUGUUUCUCAUCCCACGACACUUCGAGUUUAUUGGGGGAUGAGCUAUGUUAUAGUGUUUCUUUUCACGGUUACUGCUAUUAUUCGUCUAUUCUUUUCGGCAUACAAUGUGGAUUUGAGUAUGAAAAUGGAUGAUAUAGUAAUAUUGGUCAGCCUUCCCUUGUAUUUCUAUCUUCUCAUUGUUGCCAUAAGAGGAUCAUCAGGAAUUUGUAAUACUAGCCAACAUGAAGCUGCUGGAAACUCUAGGCUAGAAACGGAUGAGUUGAUUCUGAUGGAUCCUACUAUGAGUGGAUAUGGCACAGCUUCACUAUUCUCUAAAGCUGUUUGGAUUUGGAUGAAUCCAUUGCUUAGUAAAGGAUACCAAUCCCCUUUAAAGUUAGAUGAAGUGCCUUCGCUUCCACCUGAUUUUCAAGCUGAAAGAAUGUCAGAGUUUUUCCAAAAGAAUUGGCCUAAGCCAGUUGAAAAUGUGAAGUAUCCUGUACUAAUAACAUUGAUCCGAUGUUUCUGGAAAGACGUUGUAAUAAUUAGUUUCCUUGCAAUAGUGCAGUUGUCUGUUAUGUAUGUCGGUCCAACUCUAAUCCAAAGUUUCAUUACUUUUGCUUCUGGGGAUAGAACAAAUCCCCACGAGGGAUAUUGUCUAGUCUUGAUUCUGUUUGUUGCAAAACUAAUCGAAGCUAUUAGUUCACAUCACUUUAAUUUCCAAUCUGGGAUACUUGGUAUGAAGAUUCGGUCAUCCCUUAUCACUACUUUAUACAAGAAAGGCCUCAGAUUGACUUGUUCCUCCAGACAGGUUUAUGGUGUCGGACAAAUAGUGAAUUAUAUGGCUGUUGAUUCCCAACAGCUUUCUGACAUGAUGUUACAACUGCAUUCACUAUGGAUGAUGCCAUUACAAGUUGGAGCUUCAUUUCUUCUCUUGUACUAUUACAUGGGUGUUUCCGUGUCCGCGUCAUUUCUUUUGAUCGUUGGAGUCGUGAUAUUUACAGUGUUGAUGACACACAAAAACAACCAGUUCCAAUUCCAAUUGAUGAUGAAGCGCGAUUCAAGAAUGAAGGCUAUAAAUGAACUGUUGGGCAACAUGCGUGUUAUCAAGUUUCAGGCAUGGGAAGAACGCUUCAAAGAAAAAAUUCAAUCUUUACGUAAUGAGGAAUUUAGCUGGCUUAGUAAGCUCAUGCUCGUGACUUCUUGCAACUUAUCAGUCCUGUUGAGUUUGCCGCCAGUUCUUGCAGCUCUUACAUUUGGAGCUGCAAUCAUUUGCAAAGUCCCUCUAGAUGCUGGCACAGUAUUCACAGCAACAACAGUUCUCAGAAUUAUCCGGGAUCCUGUAAGAAACUUCCCGCAGUCCCUUAUGUCACUUUCACAAGCCAUGGUAUCACUAGGUAGGUUAGAUGGAUAUCUGACAAGCACUGAAUUGGAUCAAACAGUAGUCGGACGAGGAGAAGGUUGUAGUGACAGGAUUGCAGUGGAGGUUAAAGAUGGGAUGUUUUCAUGGGAAGAUGAUGGUGAUCAGAUUUCCCUGAAAGACAUAAAUAUUGAAAUUCGAAAGGGGGAACUUGCUGCAAUUGUUGGAAAGGUUGGAUCAGGGAAGUCUACCUUGUUGGCAUCAAUUCUUGGUGAACUUCACAAGUUAUCAGGAGAGGUCAGUGUCUGUGGAAGCGCAGCUUAUGUUGCUCAAACCUCAUGGAUACAGAACGCUACAAUCCAAGAAAAUGUCUUGUUUGGUUCACCAAUGAACACUAAAAGGUACAACGAUGUACUACGGGUUUGUUCCUUGGAGAAAGACUUGAAAAUUCUGGAACAUGGAGAUCAAACUGAGAUAGGAGAACGAGGAAUCAACCUUAGCGGAGGCCAGAAGCAGCGGAUACAACUUGCAAGGGCAGUAUAUCAGGACUGCGACAUCUAUCUUCUAGAUGAUAUAUUUAGCGCUGUCGAUGCACAAACUGGGUCAGAAAUAUUUAAGGAAUGUGUAAGGGGAAUUUUGAAGGAUAAAACUAUUGUUCUUGUCACUCACCAAGUUGACUUCCUUCACAAUGCAGAUCAUAUAUUGGUCAUGAGAGAUGGUAAGAUAGUGCAGUCAGGGAAAUAUGAAGAGCUUCUAGAAUUGAGAAUGGAUUUUGGUGAUCUUGUUGCUGCACAUGGGAACUCAAUGGAGCUUGUAGAAAAUAGCACUGGUGAGAAUUUUCCACAAAUGCCAAGAUCACCUCAUCAACUAACUCCAAAAUCACCCCAGAAAUAUCAAGAAGAAGCCAAUGGUGAAAGCAGUUCUUUAGACCAACAGUCAAAGGUUAGCUCCAAGCUUAUCGAUGAUGAAGAAAGAGAGACUGGUCAUAUAAAUUUUGAUGUCUACAAGCAUUACUGCACCGAGGCUUUUGGAUGGUGGGGAGUAGCAGCUGUAGUAAUCAUUUCUGGAAUUUGUCAAGGGUCCACUAUGUUGAGUGACUAUUGGCUAGCAUAUGAGACUUCAACGGACCAUAUAUUCAAUCCUUCUCUAUUUAUAGAGGUUUACUCAUUCAUAGCUGUCAUUUGUUGCAUUUUUGUGGUCGCCAGAUCAUUUUUUGUCGCGUUCUUGGGUCUCAAAACAGCUCAACGUUUCUUCGAUCAAAUUCUCGAUAGCAUACUGCAUGCUCCGAUGUCAUUCUUUGACACUACUCCUUCCGGAAGAAUAUUAAGUCGAGCAUCAACUGAUCAGUCAUAUGUUGAUUUUCUGAUCCCACUAUCUCUGAGUAUAGCGCUUAUGAUGUACUUUACAAUGGCUGGCAUUCUGUUCAUAACAUGCCAGAGUGCUUGGCCAACUAUCUUCCUCAUAAUCCCCCUCGUUUGGCUUAAUAUCUGGUACAGGAGAUACUACAUUGCAUCCUCGCGAGAAUUAACCAGACUUAGUUCAAUCACCAAAGCUCCAAUCCUCCAUCAUUUCUCUGAAACCAUAUCAGGUAUCAUGACUGUGCGGUGCUUCAGAAAGGAAGAUAAGUUCUUUCAAGGAAAUGUUGACAGAGUCAAUGCUAAUCAGCGGAUGGAUUUCCACAGCAAUGCAUCAAAUGAGUGGCUUGGUUUUCGCCUAGAGUUUAUUGGUAGUAUUUUGAUCUGCAUUGCCACCAUUUUCAUGGUCUUACUACCAAGCUUUGUUAUCCCACCAGAAUAUGUUGGCUUGGCACUGUCUUAUGCACUGCCUCUAAAUGGUGCGCUCUUUUGGUUGGUAUUCUUGAGCUGUACGGUUGAGAACAGAAUGGUUUCAGUUGAAAGAAUAAAACAGUUCACAAGAAUACCAUCAGAAGCUUCAUGGAGGAUCACAAAUUGUCUUCCAUCUUCAGGUUGGCCCUAUCAAGGUGACAUUGAGAUCAAGAACUUGAAGGUUCGGUACAGAUCCAAUACACCACUUGUUCUGAAAGGAAUCUCUCUUAGAAUCAAUGGAGGAGAAAAAAUUGGCGUUGUUGGCCGAACUGGAAGUGGCAAGUCUACUCUGAUACAAGUUUUCUUUAGGCUGGUGGAACCUUCAGCUGGAACCAUCAUAAUUGACGGUGUUGACAUUUGCAAGUUAGGACUUCAUGAUCUUAGAUCACGCUUCGGUAUCAUUCCUCAAGAACCAGUUCUAUUUCAAGGGACAGUUAGAAGCAAUAUCGAUCCACUAGAACAGUAUUCAGAUGAUGAAAUCUGGAAGAGUCUUGAACGCUGCCAAUUAAAAGAUGUGGUAGCAGCAAAGUCUGAGAAACUUGAUGCCUCAGUGGUAGAUAGUGGAGAUAACUGGAGUGUUGGACAAAGGCAGCUCCUUUGCUUAGGGAGAGUCAUGCUCAAGAAUAGUAAGAUUCUAUUCAUGGAUGAAGCAACAGCUUCUGUUGAUUCUCAAACUGAUGCUGUCAUCCAGAGGAUCAUCCGCGAAGACUUUGAAGCCUGCACUAUUAUCACCAUUGCUCAUCGAAUACCAACUGUGAUAGACUCUGAUCGUGUUCUCGUCAUAGAUGAUGGAUGGGUGAAGGAAUUUGAGAGACCAGCAACUUUACUUGAAACCCCAUCAUUGUUUGCCUCAUUGGUUCAAGAGUAUUCCAACAGAUCAACUGGUUUAUGAGUACCUAAGUUUGGAAAUCAGCAAAAUUUGACAUGAUUUUUCCUUUGUAUUUCUCUUUCUCAUUUCCAAAUUUUGUCGUCAAAUUGUUCUUAGAUGAAUGAUCAUUAACGCGAUAUUUUUCUCAAUUAAUGAGUUAUUUGAUACUUUCUACGUUCCAAAAAAGAAUGGCAUUGUUACUAGCUAUCUCAAAAACGAAAGACAAUCUUUUCAAA